CAGGAGAUCGUGGCUCCCAGCUGAGCCUGGAUGAAGUAACAGCUCGACCGAGAAGUUCCCGCCGCGCGGUAUCAAAUCUCUUCCAUAGAAUCGGAUUCCUCCUUUCAUUUUCCAAAGGAGUUCUGAAAAAUCUUUUGGAACAUGUUCUUCAUCUUCAUUCUUGUCACUUCUGUUUGUCGUGCGUUGACCCAAGGUCCUCCUCCAGUGACCUAUGCCUGCCGAUCAGCAAAGAUCCAAGAGUGCAAUAAAGUCCACUUUGUGCCUGGCCACACUCUUCUAGGUGGGGGACUGGACAUUGUGACCAUGAAGAAGAAAGGAUCCUACCUGUUUAACCUACAGAAAGUCAUUACUUCCGAAAAAACCUGCACCGUCUGUAGCAACCCUUACAUGAAGAAAGCCUGGCAGAAGCUGCCUCUAGGAGUGGUAGAUUGGAAGCCACAGUCGACCUGCUUCAAGAAGAUCAGCGGGGAGACCUCUCGGUCCACGUCUUCAUUGGCCGAAGAGUCUGCAUCGAGUAUUCAGAAUAACUGGGAGGUUGGACUGGAGCUCCACCAUAAAGUGGGAGAUGCCAAGAUGGUGCUGGCCGGAUCUCAAUCCCAGCUGGCGCAGUUUGGUCAGAGUAAAAGCAGUGGAGAUCGGUACACCUUCAUCAGGCACCAGCUGAGCUGUGUCUACUACAGUCUCCGACUGUCAGAUACUGCACGUCUAAGUCGGGAUUUUUAUAAAAGCUUAGAGUCCCUGCCAGCCACGUAUGACAUGAAGACCCAGGAGAAAUAUAGACACCUAAUAACCACCUAUGGAACCCAUUAUCUCAGCCAAGCUAAUGUGGGAGGUGAAGCGCAACAAGUCACUGCGAUCAGGACGUGCCAUGCAACGAUGGACGGCGUGUCCUUAGAUGAGCUGAAAGAUUGCCUAAGCAUCGAGGCCUCGGCUGCCAUCACCGGUAAAGCUGAAGCCAAUGCCAAAGCCAGCACCUGCAAAGACCUGAGCCAAAAAUCCAACCAUGGAGAAAACUUCCACCAAAUGUAUCAUGAGAGGAUCUGGAAGAUCACUGGUGGGACAAUUACUUUUGAUCUACUUUCAUUUGACUCCAAAAACAGUGACAGUGCUUCAUCCUUUGAGAAAUGGAUGGAAAGUCUCCAGAUACAUCCUGAUAUUGUAUCGUAUGCCCUGGAGCCUAUCCACAACCUUGUCCGGUUUAAAGGACCUCAGCGUGAGAACCUUAAGAAGGCCUUAAGUGACUAUAUUAUGGAGAAGGCUCUUAGACAGAACUGCUCCUGUCCUGCUGGUUCUGUAAUAAGUUCAGGAGCAGAAUGCUCUUGUAUCUGCCAAGGAAAUAACCACAGGAACCAAAACUGUUGUCCAUCUAAGAAAGGAUAUGCUAAAUUAGUGGUGACUAUUGAAAGCGCUGCAAAUCUUUGGGGGGACUACACAUCUAAGACCGAUGCCUUUGUGGUGGUGAGUUAUGGUUCAGCCAGAGUCCAGACCCCAACCAUAUGGAAUAAUAAUAAUCCAAUAUGGAAGUCCCGGUUUGACCUUGGGAUCUUUGAGCUCAGCUCUGCCCCUUUAAUGAAGAUUCAGGUUUGGGAUGAAGACAAUAAAUAUGAUGAUGAUCUUCUUGGAACGUGCACAAAAAAUGUCAACCGUGGAGUAAAGUCUGAGGUCUGUUAUCUGCAGCAUGGGAGUGUGAGCUUUGUGGUGAGCGCUGAGUGUGAGCCUCAUCUUACUGGUCACCUCUGUAGGGAGUAUGCAGCUUCUCCCAACUGAGGCACAAUAUAUGAUAUGACUUUGCUGACCCCAUCCUCAAAUGAUAAUGAGACGACUCUGUGACUCUGUGCUCUAAUGAUGACUCUGUGACUCUGAGAUAUCAAUACCUAAUGCUGAUCUUGAGCUUUUUGUAGAUGGGUUCGGGUACAGAAUCGGUGAAAACAUUGCAGACGCCACCUUUUUAGCUGUAAUCUUUUAUUAUGUCUCAGUUAAGUAAAAACUCUCUGCUUCUCA